ACAGAACUGAUCUAGAUUUAAUAUAUCAGAACGGUUAAAGAGUGAAUUCACUUACCUGGCUGUUAGACCUGUAGACAACAAAUAUCAAGAUGUCAUUUAGUCCACUGCUGUAUUUCAAGGAAUUGCCUAAACCAAACAUGUCAGGAGUUUGUUUAAUGCAUUCUGAACUGCAACUCCCCUCUCGUCUCCUGUGCUCUGUUUCAGUGCUUAAUUCAUGGCGAUUUUUAAGAGCUGGUGUUCAAGGCUUCCAUUUCACUAGUAUUGAGGAUAAUAUUUUGGCUUCAGCUGUAAUAGGAAACUGAUCAUAACAGCAAAUACAGCUGUUGCUAAUUAAAUGUCUGUUAACCUUUAUUCCACAGGAUAAUUACGUGUAGUCUGUGUUUCUUAAUGUCACCUGUGCGUGUGUGAUAGAUGUCCUUUUACCAGCUAUAACAUGAGACUAGUUCAGUGAUAAUGUUUUCCUUCACGUGAUGCUUGCUGAAAAAAAAAAUCCUUUUCUGCUUUGGAAAGCUAUGGAUGUGUCAUACAAAUGGUGUCAAGUAAAUUAAAUUUGUCAGAUAAUGUUUAUGUUCCCUUUAUAGUAAAAUGUAAAACAUCAUGGUUUCCUGGGAAGUAGUGAUGAGCUCCUCAGGGGACCUACUCCAAUGAAAUCUUUUUACUGCCAUAGAAGUGAUAGUUAAAAAUAAAGAAGGGGUGGGCAGGAGACCCACACCUGAAAAACAAACCCAAACUUCCUUGCAUUCGACCUGUGUGAAAAAGUCUGUCUAGCAGAGACUGGCAAUGCUUAAGCAUGGGACACAAGGUUCCUGUUGCUUAGGAGUUAACUUUUCGUUCUUGUUCAGAGCUGCAUGCUCCUUUUUAAAUAGUUUGUCAUGUUGAUGGAAAAUAAGAUAAAUUAAUGCAAGAGUAAGGGAACUGUAAUUGCUAGCAUUUCAUAACAUCUCACAAACAUCCCAUUUGUUGUGAGGGGGAGAUAAGCAAGGUAGAACAAGUAUGUUUAAGUUCAAGUGCAGAUUUGCUUCUCGGUAAAUGUAUAGGUUGCAGAACUUACUUUUUUGCACUCAAGUUAUUCUUUGUGGUAUAGCCACUGUUAAUGUGCUGACUUGGCUAAAGAUUCCAUUCCCACAAAGUUGUAGGCAAAUACCCAUCAAUCCUCCCAGAAGCUGCCACCGACUGCACAGCCAGGCGCUGAAAUAAGAUUCCAAAGACAGUACGUAUAGAAACAUAACUGAUGCCUGGCCCAGCUCUCCUGUUAGCAAUAUAAAUAAACCUGGAAGGGAUUUUUUUUUUUUUUUUUUUAGAUGGUGGGUUUAGAGCUCAGGGUUUAUGCACCAGGAUGUAAUUGGAGGCAGAAGGCAAAAGCUUUGUAUUUGUAAAGUGGCUGGAUGUACCAGGGAAGAUGUCAAUGACUUUCCUAAAUACUGAAGCAUGGUUUGAAGAGAGCAUUUUUGUUUAUUUUCCUAGAAAUACUUCUUUACAGAGCAGCUCCUAAGUAGCUGUGUUACCCUGUCCUAACAGAGUUCAAUGUGUUUUGGAAAGAUGAUACGAGGAGCAAUCAGACUGGAAGAACAUACAACUUAAGUCUUGAAGAUUUUGACAUAACCUGCGUUGUCUUUUCUGAUGCACAUGAAGGAUGCACUUUUAAUGCGCUUAGGUUCUCAAACUGGAAUUAAAAGCUGUCAUUCACCUGGAGCAAUCUGCCAAUUGUUGUUACAUAAAGGCUGAAGCCAGAUAAUUUAGCCUUUUACAAUCUUUUUUUUGUAACAAAGGGUUGGGUGGCCACUAGAGGACACUCUGCUCAAAACCAUGAGUUGGGUCCGCAGGGGGAGCGGGGAAGAGUUCAGCGAACUUGCUUGAAUUUUAAAGUGAUGUCAAGGCAAACAAGCAACAGAUUGCCUGAGAACUAGAUGCAGAAAACCUGCAGUAUAAUGCCCUUUUAUAGGUGGGGAAAAAAUAUAAUUUUUACUAUCUAUGACAUGAAAUUUGUAAGUGAAACCCCCAAACCCAACGCUCUCUCCCCCUGUGCUCAAGCGACAAAGAAUCUGAAGGGAGAAAAGAACUGGGGAGGUUUAAAUGUCACCCUUGUUAAGUACUGUUUUGUCACGUUAAUUAUAUUGUAGUUUAUGGUAUAAAGCAGACGUGCAGGUUGAUGGGAAACUUGUGUUUGAUCUUCCAGGUAAUGUGGAGCGGUGCCAUGUUUGGAUUCCUCAAGUACCUUUAUAUCCUAAUAAGCAUUAAUGCCUCACACUCAUUUAGGAUCUUGUGUAGUAGUAUCUUAAAAUCUAAAGACAAGCUGUUUCCACUCUAAGCUACUUUAUAACAGUAAAAGUUUCUCCUGCUCCUGUCCUAGUCGCUGCCUGUGCUUCAGGACUACAGUAAGAUGCAUGCAUCUGAUGUUGGAAACCAUCCCCGAUAUCCCACCCCAGACAAACAUACUAGAUUUACGUUUCAACCACAUCAAGGAGAUACAACCUGGAGCCUUCAGGAGGCUGAAGAACCUCAACACGCUGCUGCUGAACAAUAAUCAGAUAAAACAAAUUGUGAGAAGAUCCUUUGAAGAUCUGGAGAACCUGAAAUACCUCUACCUUUAUAAAAACGAAAUUCAGAGCAUCCAGCAACAUGCCUUCAACGGGCUCCGUUCUCUGGAACAGCUCUACCUGCAUUUCAACAACCUGGAAAGUCUGGAGUCGGAGACUUUUAGUGACCUGCCUAAACUUGAAAGGCUAUUCUUGCACAACAACAAGAUUUCCAGGAUUCAUCCAGGGACAUUCUCUCAACUGGAAUCCCUCAAACGGCUGCGGCUGGACUCCAACGCCUUGCUUUGCGACUGCGACUUGAUGUGGCUGGCUGAGCUGCUGAAGAAAUACGCUGAGCAGGGCAGUAUCCAGACAGCCGCCACCUGCGAGGCUCCUCGGGACCUGCACGGGCGCUCCAUCGUCACCUUGACCGCCCAGGAGUUUAACUGCGAGAGGCCUCGCAUAACCUCACAACCCCACGAUGUCGACGUCCUCUUGGGAAACACAGUUUAUUUCACCUGCAGGGCAGAAGGCAACCCAAAGCCUGCGAUUAUUUGGCUGCACAACAAUAAUGAGAUUGACAUGAAAGAUGACAACCGCCUGAACCUGUUGCAAGACGGUACCUUGAUGAUCCAGAAUACCAAGGAGUCGGACAAAGGCGUCUACCAGUGCAUGGCCAAGAACAUAGCUGGGGAGGUCAAGACGCAAGAAGUCGUGCUGCGCUAUUUUGGCACCCCGUCCAAGCCCACUUUUGUGAUCCAGCCGCAGAACACUGAAGUGCUGAUUGGGGAAAGCGUCACCUUGGAGUGUGGGGUCUCUGGGCACCCCCACCCUCGCAUCAGCUGGACCCUUGGCACAGGCUCUCCUUUACCGCAGGAUUCCCGUUUCGCUAUCACCAGCUCUGGAGGACUCUUCAUUCAGAACGUCACUUUCUCGGACCAGGGCCAGUACAACUGCAAUGCCAGCAACACCGAGGGAUCCGUCCAGGCGACAGCAAGGAUCAUAGUGCAAGAUUCUCCCAGGUUUCUCCUCAUUCCCACUGAUCAGACAGUAACUGAGGGACAAAGCGUGGAUUUCCCGUGCUCUGCUGAGGGUCAUCCUCCACCCGUGAUUGCCUGGACGAGGGCAGGUGGGCCACUGCCGAAUGACCGGAGGCACAGCAUCCUCUCCACGGGUACCCUGCGGGUGAUGAGGGUUGCUUUGCAUGACCAAGGCCAGUACGAAUGCCAUGCCAUCAGUGCCAUCGGAGUGAGGACCCUCCCGGUACAGCUGUCGGUCACCCCACGAGUGAUACCCGUGUUCCUUCAUCCCCCCCAAGACGUGGUGGCAGAGACAGGCCAGGACGUUGCCAUUACCUGCACUGCCCAAGGAGAUCCACGGCCCACCAUAACCUGGGUCAAAGAGGGUAUCCAGAUCACAGAGAGCGGCAAGUUCCACAUAAGCCAAGACGGGACCCUUUCCAUUCAAGACCUCGGCGUGGCUGACCAGGGCAGAUACGAGUGCAUAGCCAGAAACCCAUUUGGCUUCACCUCCAGCGCUAUGCAGCUCACCAUCACUGCCACGGAUGUCGGUCGGAGCGGCGACACGUUUGUAGCCACAUCGAUACGGGAAGCCAUCAGCAGUGUGGACCACGCCAUCAAUUCAACACGCACUGAGCUGUUUAGCAAACGCCCCAAGACCCCCAAUGACUUGCUGGCUCUCUUCCGUUACCCCCGGGACCCCUACACCAUUGAAACAGCCAGGGCAGGUGAGAUCUUUGAAAGGACCUUGCAGCUGAUUCAGGAACACGUGCAACAAGGUCUAAUCGUGGAUAUGAACGUCACAGGCUAUCGGUACAAUGACUUGGUGUCCCCUCACUACCUGAACAUGAUUGCCAACCUGUCGGGCUGCUCUGCCCACCGCCGCACACCGAACUGCUCGGAUAUCUGCUUCCACAAGAAGUACAGGACCCAUGACGGCUCUUGCAACAACCUCCAGCACCCGAUGUGGGGUGCGUCUCUCACAGCCUUCCAGAGGCUCCUGAAACCCGCCUACCAGAAUGGAUUUAACCUCCCCCGGGGGUUUUCCAUGGCAGAAGAUGCCAGGGACCUGCCCCUUCCUCUACCUCGCCUUGUCUCUACCGCCAUGGUCGGGACUGAGACCGUCACCCCCGAUGACCAGUUCACGCACAUGCUGAUGCAGUGGGGCCAGUUUCUGGACCACGACAUGGACCAAACGGUGGCAGCCAUUAGCAUGUCCCGCUUCUCAGAUGGAGCACCCUGCAGCGAGGUGUGCAGCAACGACCCGCCUUGCUUCUCCGUCAUGGUCCCUGCUAACGACCCCCGCGUGAGGAACGGGCGCUGCAUGUUCUUUGUCCGCUCGAGCCCUGUGUGCGGCAGCGGGAUGACCUCCCUGCUGAUGAACUCCGUCUACGCCAGGGAGCAGAUCAACCACUUGACGUCUUACAUCGAUGCCUCCAAUGUUUACGGCAGCACGGAGCAGGAAUCGCGGGAGCUGCGGGAUCUGAGCAGCCAAAAUGGGCUGCUGAAGCGAGGGCAAGUUGUGCCCAGCUCGGGGAAGCAUCUCCUUCCCUUUGCUGUGGGGCCACCCACCGAGUGCAUGAGAGAUGAGAACGAGAGCCCCGUGCCGUGCUUCCUGGCAGGAGACCACCGUGCCAAUGAGCAGCUGGGUCUCACGGCCAUGCACACGCUUUGGUUCAGGGAGCACAACCGCAUCGCCGCAGAGCUGUCGGCCCUCAAUCCCCACUGGGAUGGAGAUCUCCUGUAUCACGAGGCACGGAAGAUUGUGGGUGCCCAGAUGCAGCAUAUCACCUAUGCCCAGUGGCUCCCCAAGGUCCUUGGGGAAGCUGGGAUGAAGAUGCUGGGUGAGUACAAAGGCUACGAUCCCAACGUCAACGCGGGGAUUCUCAACGCCUUUGCCACUGCUGCCUUCCGCUUUGGGCACACCUUGAUCAACCCCAUCCUGUACCGGCUGAACGAAACCUUCCAGCCCAUCCGCCAAGGCCACAUCCCCCUGCACAAGGCCUUCUUCUCCCCUUUCAGGAUCACGCAGGAGGGUGGGAUUGACCCCCUCCUCCGUGGGCUGUUUGGGGUUCCUGGGAAAAUGCGCGUCCCCUCCGAACUCCUCAACAUGGAGCUGACGGAGAAACUCUUCUCCAUGGCACACUCUGUCUCACUGGACUUGGCUGCUAUCAACAUCCAGAGAGGGCGAGACCAUGGCAUCCCACCUUACAACGACUUCAGGGUCUUCUGCAACCUCUCAUCUGCACAGGAGUUUGAGGACCUCAGAAAUGAGAUCAAGAACUUGGAGAUCAGGGAAAAGCUCAGGAGUUUAUAUGGAACUACCAAAAAUAUUGACCUGUUUCCAGCACUGAUGGUGGAAGAUCUUGUUCCUGGUACCAGAGUUGGACCAACGCUGAUGUGCCUGUUAACGACACAGUUCAGAAGGCUGAGGGAUGGAGACAGAUUUUGGUAUGAGAAUCCUGGAGUCUUCACACCGGCGCAGCUGACUCAGAUCAGACAGACGUCCCUUGCUCGUGUCAUCUGUGACAACGGUGACCACAUCCAGCAGCUCCAGAGAGAUGUAUUCCGGGUGGCAUCGUACCCGCAGGGCAUGGUCGGCUGUGAAGAGAUUCCCGCGGUGGACCUCCGCUUGUGGCAGGACUGUUGUGAGGACUGCCAGACACGUGGGCAAUUCAGGGCUCUUUCUCAGCGGUUCCGAAGCAAGAGGUCUCCUGGCUUCAGCUACCCAGAGGAAAACCCUGCCAAGCAUAAGCCUGCCUUCCCCAGAAAUGAGGCGCCUUCUCCAAGCCCUUCCUCCAGAGAGAAUCUCGAGUCCCUUGUGGCUGAACUGGAGAAGACAGUUGCUUCCCUACGGAAACAGGUGAAUGUACUAGAGAGCCAGCUGAGGUGGCACCACAGGAACACCAGCACUCAUGGACAGGGGAAGAAGACUGGAGACAAAUGGAGAAAAAGAUGACCAUGUCACUGUUCGUAUAAGGUGCCCUGUGACCUGCACUCCCACUCUCCGCCAGCCAGUCCAACCCACUCCUACAGGGCUCAGAAAGCAGCCACGAGACCCCGCGAUGCUCUGCCUCCUCUCACACCUCCUGUACCGCUCCCUGUCCCAGGAUGACUGUACUUUUUGCCUGUAUUGAACCCUCUGCAGUGACUGCCUGUGAGCCCCUCGGCCCCUGGACCGUUCCUGCCCUUGUCAGCCUCCCUGGGAUGGGCUCUGCCUUCUUUGAUGGGGACAGACCAGCGGUCUGCCAAGACGCCGCUUUCUUCCGCAGUCCCCAGGAAAUGGAGAAUUAUUGAAGCUGCUUUAGUGCCGCUGUUCUGCUCUCGUCCUCCUCCCACGCAAUGCUGUCGUCAUCUACCUCCCCUUGUCUGAAAUGUCCCAUGGGCACCCAACCGAAAGAAUUCAUUACGAGGCAAAAUCUUUCUCAUAUGCACUGUGGUGCCAGGAAGCAUCUGGAGGAAUCUUAAAAAAAAAAAAAAAACCCAAAAAAAAACCAAACAAGAAACCCAAAACAACUCCCCAGCCAUCUUCUCAUGCCAACAGAAGGAGCAAGAGGAACCUCAGGGCCCUGGCAAGCACCGUUUGGGCUGGGCUUGCCGUCCCUGCCAGUAGCGAGAAGGUGAACCCAAGGCCUGGGGAAGUCUCCCGGCUGUUUGGGUGCUUCAGGAUGGGAUGCCAGACACAGCAGACCGUGGCCGCCCCUGAUGCCACGAUCAGCUGCUGUGUUUUGGCAGUCCUCGGGUAACGAACGGCACAUCCUGGGUUACGUGACCCUGCGAGUGACCUACCGUUACGUGCCCAGUGCUCGAAAACAUUUUCCUCGGCGUGACCUGCAUUCUCCAACUUUCUGCUCCUUUAGGGGUUUAAUUGGAUUUAUGUUUGUCUUCCCUUUUUUUUCCUCCUAAAAGGCUCUUUGCUGGAAGAUGUAUUUUGAGUGUAAACGUAACAGGACCUGGAACAGAACCUCAGAUAAUUAGAUGUAAUGGGCGCUCUCAUUAGUGGAGGGGAGCUGCUGUUUUCUGUCAAUUAGUACGGGAGAACACUAUGUGCAGUAUUUGACACACGGAUGAAUGCAAAGUGCUGUUUGUGUUUAUUGCUCCCAGGUGCUCUGCAACUAAACCAGGACUAUGUAACCAGCUCUACUGAACAAGUCUUCUGGUUUUGUUGCUCUUUGGAGGUGCUUUUUAGUGGUGCUAGAACUAAAGUCCCUGUGUAUCCACCAUAGCCCCAAAUCUGUGGACAGAUCGGUUUUUAAUACAUCCUUGUUAGCUGGUCACAGGGACUAAAGAGAAAAUACUUGAUCCAUCAGAUAUCUGUGCCUUCCUUAUCUUUCUCACUUUUCCUACAUCCUCCCACCUUCCCUCCCACAGUGCAAGGACCAGAAACUUUUAUGAACUUGCUUUUUCUUUUCUUCUUUUUUUUAUUUUUAGGUGUUUUAUAGUACCAAAGGGAUUCAAAGCAGCAGGGAUGCUCCUGGAACUUAAUAGGAAAAAUAAAAAAGAUACUAGAGAAAGGUUGUGAUUUAUCAGCUAUUUCCUGGCGUGGGACUCUGAGCUGUGUGUGCGUGUCCUCUGCAGACACAGGUUUGCAGUGAUGAGUGUGUGUUAUGCAUGUCUGGUAAGUUCAGCUCAGAGUCAGUAUUUAGUCCUCAGGGAUGUUUGUCAUUUUGAAGUACUCUUUCAUUUAGGUGCAAAUCAAGAUCCAAAGCCUUGCGUGUUAUAAAUCGGCUGCACUUGUCUAUUGCUUGUACCACUAGAGAAUCUAAUCUGGCAAAGGUCAAUAAAGGUAAAUCAGUCUCCAGU